UUUUUCAAAGACAAACAGGAAGUGAAGUGAAAGUAAAACCGAGCUGCAUCGUUUUGCUGACCUUAAUAUAUAUUUAAUUUAAUGGCAGGACGUUAGGGUGGUAUAGUGGUCACCAUGUUUGUCUACAUUUGCCUGGAGCUUUACUGCCGAUGAAAGAUUUGUUUUUUGUUUGUGACGCACAGAGGGUCUCUUGUUUUAAGUUUUGGUCACAUGAUCACAGAGGUCACCCAAGAGAGAGAAUGGCACCUUCUCAGAGAAGAAGAGCUUUGAGGAUGAUGACAAAGAGACAUUACAGAAAAGCCUUGGACUUGUUAAAACUGAGCACCUGUUUUCCAUCUACCCGCAUGUUUUUGAUUGCUUGCCAUGGUCUGCGACAACUUUUACAUUCAACAUGAAGUCAUCCACUUGACACCCAUUUUCAGGAAAUUAGCUCAUUGAAGGAAAACUUCCAUUUUUUUGUUGAUUUAGUUUAUAUGGUAGAACCCAAAUGACUUAAGCCAGUCAUUGGAAACUUUGUUUACUUUUCUCAUAUGAAAAACCUCUUUGUCCUGUUUUUUUUUUUUGUCCAUUUUGGUGACUGCAACAGGUCGGUCGUACAGCAGACGUCAGCGGCAUGUGAACACUUCCUGAUUGGACGCUCCCAUCAUCCUUUUAUUGAGUCAACCUCAUUCGUCCUGACUGAAGUCAGAAAAAGGAAGGAAGACUAAGAAGAGUGAAAUGUCGCUGUUCUUCUCCAGCAUGGUGACCAGUUCACCAAUCAAACGACGCUUGAGGUCCAGCUCUGCUCACCAGAGCUUGGACGUGUCCCUGUUGUCUCCCGACUCCUCCUACGUGUGCUACUCAUCGCCCGUGGGGUCCCCGUUGGCGGGCGACGUCCAUUCCAUCUGCUGCCGCCGCUCACCCCGCCUCCUCACCAAUGGUUACUACGCUGUGACCGAUGACAGCUUCCUGUGGGAUGAGGACGGCAACGUGUCUCUGGCGCCGUGCGCUGCCAGAGUGUCCUACAAGGAGAACAUUUUCAGAGUGUUCAGGAGGCGCAGACGUAAAGCUGGCAGGUCACUGGCUCACUUGCUGAGCGACGUCACUGAGAGUUGCCAGACCUGGCUGGACAGCAGGGUCUUUGGUGACGUCUUCCGGACAUCCCAGGACCCGGACCAGGAGAGCAAGGAUCCGCACUCGAACCAGAACUGGGCCCAGGAAGAAGGAUUCACUUCGCUGGAAGAACCUAGCUGGUCCAGCUGCAGUUUCUUCACUUACGAUCCCUGUGAAGUGGUGCCCACUCCAGACAAAGAGACCCCAUUCCUCAAGCAGAUAAUCCAGGAGGACAUUUGUUCAGAAAUCUGUCAAUCGAGUGAGUGUUUUACCCAGUCGCUGGGGGGACUCUCGGAGGUCCCUCCUCCCUCCGUCUUCUACGCCAGCACCUGCCGUCAGCCCAACAAGCUUCAAAGUACAGGCAUAACGUCGCUGACUCUCUUUCUCUUGCUCUUUGCCGUCUUUAUCUUCACAACGCUCUGCUCAUGUUGUUUCUUGCGGAGUGCGGCGGAAGUGGCGGCGAUGGCGGCUUGCACGAUUACAGCGACGUGCAUGUGUGCUAGCAGGUCGACUGGGAUGCGAGGGUGGAGGAGGCGAGCCAUGACCGAGGACAUCACUUCACGCUACGAGUGACCUCCCACACUGGAACUGCACCAACACACACGUUUUUAUUAUUGUAUUAUUAUUUACAGGACUUUUUGUGAUCAUAUAGAAUUAUUUUUACUUUCUUCACGGCUUGACGAGCCUCUAAACAUGUCUACUAUAAUGCUUAAUAACAUUUUUUAUAACAUGCCAAGUGACAAGACAAUCCAGAAAAAAAAACUCGUUUCUUCCAUUCAUUGUCCUUAGUUGUCAUAGCAACUUAGGAUGCUGAAAAUUGUCAUCGCCAAGGUGACUAAAAGUGUACUUUCAAAUGAAAUUCAGUGAGGCUCGUUGACUGUUGACCAUUGUACGCAUGCACACACUAAAAACUGUGUGAGGAUUUUGGGCGUGUCAGUAUUUUUGGUUACAGAAAAAUUUUAGAUUUUGAGUUUUUGAGGUUUCUAUGAGCAUGAUCCCCCUGACCCCCUUUCUAUUUUUGGCCUAUCUGGCACACCAUGACCUCACAUACAUGUAGUUGAUUUUAAAAGCACUAAAUGUACUUAUUAACCUUUUUAAUGUGUAUAACUUAUCUUCACAUUUGAUUGGUCAGGAAUUGAUCAAUGUUAAAGCCUAUUUGCAUAUUUUCAAAUUUUGUUUUUAUUUUGCUAAAACCUUUUACAUUUCAGCAUGGAGGAAAUGUCACUAAAUGUAUCAAGAUGUUACUUGCUAGUCAAGAUGUAAUUAUAUCAAUCACAAUAAGUACUAACAAACAUCUGACACAUUUAUCGCACUUUAUAUUUACUACUUUCAGAUGUACAAUAAAAGUUGUCUGAAAAAUA